AUGUCAACUCCAGACAUCUUUAGUCUCAAGAAGCAAUUGGUUCUUUAUGGAGCUCAUCAUUUCAACAAAGUCAAUAUUGCAAUCCACAUGGUGUUUGUGCCUGUCAUCUUCUGGACAUCGCUCGUAUUUGCCUCCAAAACUGGUCCAUUAAUCUCGGCCGAGUCUUUGCCAAGUUUCUUACAAUGGUUGUCAGUAUGGGAACUCAACCUUAGUUUUUUCGUUGUGGUUUUUUAUGACGCUUACUACGCUAUACUUGACCCAAUUGCAGCUCUGUUAUAUGCUCCCAUCUUAUUCACCAUGACAUACACUGCCACACAAUUCCAAUUGACCAGACCGGCAGCUAUCCAGGAAGCACUUGUGCUCCAUAUUGUUUCCUGGAUUUUCCAAUUCAUUGGACAUGGUGUUGCCGAGAAAAGAAGUCCUCGUCUGGUUGAUAAUCUUGUUCAAGCCUUGGUUUCUGCCCCAUAUUUUGUGUUCUUUGAGAUUCUUUUCUAUCUCGGAUACCGACCAGAUCUUUACAGAGAAAUGUCUAUUGAUGUAGCCAAGGAUGUAAAGGCAUUCCGUGCUCGCCGAGAAGCCCAAAGAAAGGCCAAGUCCCUUUAA